AUGUUCAGGCAAGUUUUGCGUUAUUCCGUGAGAAAAUACGCACCAGCCAUAGCUCCUAGAGCCACAGUGUUGAGCUCUCCAACCAGACAUGUUUCUGCAAUGGCUACUAGAGCCUACUCUUUGAGCACAUCAGGCGAAGACAUUGAGGACAAGAUUGAUCAAAUCAGCGUCAACGAAUACAACAGCAUCAGCGAAGAGUAUUUGGAGUCUUUGGCCGAUUCCUUGGAAGACUUAAGUGAAAAAUACCCGCAGAUCGACUGUGAGUUAAGUCACGGGGUCAUGACAUUGACGAUUCCACCACACGGUACUUACGUUAUUAACAAACAGCCACCUAACAAACAGAUCUGGUUGAGCAGUCCAGUGAGCGGUCCCAAGAGAUACGACUUGAUUGGCGGUCAGUGGAUCACGUUAAGAGAUGGCUCCGCCUUGACAGAAUUGAUAACCGAGGAAGUUUCUUCUGCUCUAGGUACAGAAGUCAGUCUCGACAUAGAAGGAUAG